AUGGCACCAGAAUUCGUUUCCCUUACGCUGAUCCUAUUAACGUUGGCAAUAUUCCUACUAGCCGUCUUGAUUUUCAUGCUGAGCUGGUUUGAGAGACGGUUCUUGACAAAUAUCUUGCGUGAAAUCAAUGAAGAACGAAGUGCUGUAACCCCAGCCAACGCAUUUCGGUCGUCGACUCUGGUCCCUGAGUGCCAGGCUUAUGAUGUCCAUGAUCGAUACACCAGGGGGUCUCAGCGAAGGCCCAGGGAAUCCCAUAAUGAACCAAGAGAGCAUGUCGCUGGCCGGAAUUCGCCUUUCGACUACCCCUCACCUAUAUUGUCAGCCAACAAUACGCAAGCGAAGGAUGUUCCCAGGUCGCCGUCUCCUGUCUCGUCUAUCAAGAUGACAGGAGGAGUUAGGGAAGGCUCGAAUAUCCACGUCGCCGAUGAGCCUUGUAAAAGCUUCUCAUUUCGGGGCUCUGGUAUUGUAACUGACCGGGCGUCAACGAAGAUGCCGCAGACCUAG